UUCAUGUCAUCUCUAACCACCCCUUCAAUUAUCCUAAGUUUGAUGGUAAAAAAAAAAAAAAAAAAAAAAUGGAAAGCAAAGAAAAGAAAAAAAUUUCUUCUGUAUGAGGCGAAAGAUUAUCGGGAAACAUUCUGCAGCUGCAGCUGCAGCAGGAGCAGCAGGCUUCACUCCAUGUAAUUCAAUUACUACCUACGCAGAAUCGAAGAAACUAUAAUGGCUACUUGCUUUUCAUGCGCUGUUAGUACUCCCUCUAGAUCUCCAAUCUUCAGCUCUCGUAGACACAACAAUAAGCCCAAGUUUGCUUCUCAGGAAGCUAUCAUCUUAAUUCAAAAGUGCUCUAACUUCAGUCAUCUCAAGCUUAUUCACGCUAAGAUCAUUCGCAAUACCCUUUCUAAUGAUCAAUUGAUUGUUAGAAAAUUGCUUCACUUGUGCUUCUCUUAUGGGAAAAUGGACUAUGCCUCCCUGCUUUUCCAUCAAAUUCGGUACCCACAUACCUUUACUUGGAAUUUCAUGAUUAGAGCCUAUACAAAGAAUGGUAGCUCUCAGCAAGCUAUUCUUCUUUACAACCUAAUGAUUUGCCAGGGCUUUCCGCCUGAUAAGUUCACUUUCCCCUUCAUUGUCAAAGCUUGCUUGGCCUCUUCUGCGCUUGAAAAAGGGAAAGAGGUUCAUGGUUUUGCUAUUAAGACUGGAUUUUCGAAAGACACCUUUUUGCAUAACACUCUGAUGGAUCUUUAUUUCAAGUGCGGAGAUGCGGAGUAUGGGCGCAAGGUGUUUGACAAAAUGUGUGUUCGUAGUAUUGUCUCCUGGACCACCUUUGUUGCUGGACUUGUUGCUUGCGGGGAACUAGAUGCUGCUCGUAGAGCUUUCAACCAAAUGCCAACGAGAAAUGUUGUUUCUUGGACAGCAAUGAUUAAUGGGUAUGUGAAGGACCAACGCCCUCAGGAGGCAUUUGAAUUGUUCUGGAGAAUGCAACUUUCUAAUGUUAGACCCAACGAGUUUACGUUGGUUGGUUUGUUAAAAGCAAGCACUGAACUGGGAAGUCUCCAGUUGGGUAGCUGGAUUCAUGAAUAUGCUCUGAAAAACGGAUUCAAACUCGGGGUUUUCCUUGGGACUGCUCUUAUUGACAUGUAUAGCAAAUGUGGUAGUUUGGUGGAUGCCAAGCAUGUAUUUGAUAAGAUGCAAGUCAAGAGUUUGGCUACUUGGAAUUCAAUGAUCACUAGCUUGGGGGUGCAUGGUUGUGGCAAAGAGGCACUUGCUGUCUUUGCACAGAUGGAGGAAGCAAAUAUUGAACCAGAUGCAAUCACUUUUGUAGGUGUUUUAUGUGCUUGUGUGCAGAUGAAUAAUGUAGAAGAGGGUGAUAGGUACUUCAAAUAUAUGACAGAAUGCUAUCGCAUUACACCUAUUUUAGAACAUUAUACUUGCAUGAUCGAACUUUAUACUCGUGCCAACAUGUUAAAUGAGGUUAACAUGUUAGUGAAUACCAUGGAAAUUAAGCUGAAUGGCAGUCCAGAAGCAGCAUUGAUUGGGUCAAGUAUAAUUGAUGGUAUGGCUGAAAAUGGGAGAUUUUUUGAGCAUCAUGGUAAGGAUUUAUACUGUUUGGAAACACCUACAUUGCAGUUGUCCCAAAAUAAGUUUUGGUGCUUCAAGUGGGAUGUUGGUUGACUGUAAUGGAUCUUUUUUUACCACAUCAUUGGUAUGAAGUCAAAUGUGACACAAAAUUAGACUUUUAUACAAACAUGUGAAGGCAUUUGUAUUCUAGAGGAGCCACAUAAGAAAGAUUUAGCUUCUAGCUGCAAAAAUCCUCAACGAGCUUUGUAAGUAAAUAUAUUGUAAUUUGGUUCGCGAUGAAGGGUGAUUUCUACAGCUAGAUCUCAUUGUUUCUGCAACCAUAUGUUUUGGUGUCUAUUCUUUUUUAUCUCCAUUAUUUGUACCGUUGUUCAUAGUUUAGAACAGCUAAUUCUAGUAGAUAUGACAUAAGGUGUGGAUUGAUAAUAUACAUCAAAGAGUUGUGCAUAAAUUAAUCAUUUAGGGAUAUUUGACA